CGCCUCCCGGCGGGCCGCGGCCUCCCGAUCUCCCCUUCCACCCGGUUCCGCCGCCCGCCGCCAUGUCGCGGGGCCCGGUGCGGGUGCUGCGGCUGGGGCUGCGGCCCUACGCCGAGGCCCUGCGGGCGCAGGAACGCUGCGUGGAAGCGGCGCGGGCGGCGCGGCUCCCCGUCCCCGUCGCCGUCCCCGGGGAGAGCGUGGUGCUGAGCGAGCCGGCGGGGCCCGUCUACGCCUGGGGGCUGCGGGGGGGCCCGGAGGCGGAGGCGGCGGCGCGGCUGCGGGAGCGGGGCGCGGGGUUGGCGGCCGUGCGGCGCGGCGGGCGGAUCACCUUCCACGGGCCCGGGCAGCUCCUCGCCUUCCCCGUCCUCGACCUCCGCCGCCGCCGCUUGCCGCUGCGGGCUUACGUGGAAGCGCUGGAAGCGCUGGUCCUGCGGCUCUGCCGCCGUUUCGGCCUGCCCGCCGCCCGCGCCCUCCCGCCGCCCUUCACCGGCGUCUGGAUGGGCGACAGCAAGCUCUGCGCCAUCGGGGUGCACUGCGGGAACCACAUCACCUCCCACGGGCUGGCACUGAACUGCUGCACCGACCUCACCUGGUUCGACCACAUCGUCCCCUGCGGGCUGGAGGGGAAGGGUGUCACCUCGCUGAGCCGCGAGCUGGGGCGGCACAUCACCGUCGACCACGUCCUCGAGCCCUUCCUCGAUUCCUUCCAGGAGGUGUUCGACUGCACCUUGGUCUUUUCGGAAGACCCCGGGGACUAGGACAACCAGCGGCACCUCCGCUGGGUGUUUCGGCAAACCCUCGGCGCGGCCGACGAAUGGCAAAGACAAGAGCUCUCGUGCCUUUGCCAAUAGACGGUGCGUGAACGGUGACACAGAGGUUCGGGCUGUUGCUUAAGCAUCCAUACCGCCAUCGGGGCGGCUUUCCCCAGCCCCGCGGGUCUCCAUUCCUUGGCUGAGACCUCCAAGGGUACCAGUACCACGUCCCCGUCGCUCGCUGGGGAAAUGGCCAAACAGGCACUUUUGUGUGUUUUUUUCUACCUCCCCCCCGCCAAAAUCUGAAAUUUGGGUGAAUGCUCGCACGCCCUUCGGACAAGAGGAAGAGGGAUCAUUGCCGCGUAAAAAGAGGCAGGUUUUCUAUAAAGAGAGUUGCUGGGAA